UUCAGACUCGGUCAUGAUUUGAAAACACAUUUGAAGAUACACACAGUAGAAAUGCCAUACAAAUGUGAUCAUUGCGAAAGAAAAUUUAGAUACUUUAGCCAUUUGACAGCACAUUUAAGGUUACAUACAGGAGAAACACUGUAUGAAUGUGAUAAAUGUGAAAAGAAAUUCAAAGACAGUACCACUUUGAAGUCACAUGUAAGGACACAUAUAGAGGAAAGACCUUAUGAAUGUGAACAUUGUGGAAAGAAGUUUAGUAGAAAUGACACUUUGAAAAUACAUUUAAGGAUACAUACAGGAGAGAUGCCAUACGAAUGUGAACUUUGUGGAAAGAAAUUUAGUCAUUUGGGUUAUAUGAAAAGACACUUUAAGAUACAUACAGGAGAUCAACCAUAUGAAUGUGAUUAUUGUGGAAAGAGGUUUCGUCAAUUGAGUCAUUUGCAGAGACAUUUAAAGAUGCAUAAAAGAGAAACACCAUAUGAAUUUGAACAUUGUGGAGAGAAAUUCAGACUCGGUCAUGAUUUCAAAACACAUUUGAAGAUACACACAGGAGAAAUGCCAUACAAAUGUGAUUAUUGCGAAAGAAAAUUUAGACACUUAAGCCGUUUGACAACUCAUUUAAGGGUACAUACAGGAGAAAAACCAUAUGAAUGUGAUCAAUGUGAAAAGAAAUUCAAAGACAGUACCACUUUGAAAUCACAUGUAAGGACACAUACAGGGGAAAGACCUUAUGAAUGUGAACAUUGUGGAUGA